AUGUGUGAUACAAACUGGUGUACUUACUGCGAUAAUGCUAUCCAUCCUUAUUCCAAUUCAUUGUACUGCUCCGAGUACUGUCUGCGUCAAGAUGCCCUCACACGCCAUCCCAUGUUAGGCUACGAUUACGCCGACUUGGAAGGAUUUCCUCACCAACAGCAACAGAAGCAA